CAUGGCAGCAGACACAACAGCAACCCAAACCCCCGCUAAGCAUCAGCAGCAGUGCAGCACCUCCCUUCUACCUCCUCUGCUUUGCAUUCCUCCUUCCAGCUCCAGCCGCAAUCAAUGGCUGCCACGAAGAUCACCCUCCUCGCCGUGGCCGCGAUGGCCGUCUUACUAGGCAGCGCGUCAGCGGUAACCUACAACGUCGGCGAUCAGGGCGGUUGGGCCCUCAGCACCGACUACAGCAACUGGGUGUCCGGCAAGAAGUUCAACGUGGGUGAUGACAUCGUCUUCAAGUACUCGACCCCGACGCACGACGUGGUCGAGGUCAGCAAGGCCGGCUACGACUCCUGCAGCACCGACGGCGCCAUCAACACCUUAACCUCCGGCAACGACGUCAUCUCCCUCAACGCCACCGGCACCCGCUACUUCAUCUGUGGCGUCCCUAACCAUUGCAGCCCCACCGCCGCCGCCAGCAUGAAGGUCGUGAUCGACGUCGCCUCGGGCUCCUCCUCGCCGUCGUCACCCAUGCCAGCUGCAGGUCCUGGCGCGAGCAACUCUCCCCCGGCGCCGCCCUCCAACGCCGCUACCUCCGUCGGUGCCACAGCAGGAUUUGGCCUCGUCGCCCUCCUGGCGGCCGGUCUCAUGGCUUGAACGCAUAUAUUGAUCAGCUGCCGCGCGCACAUACGACUUUAUCUUUUGUUAUUAACUACUAUACUGUAGUUAUUAUCACGGGUGAAUACAUGUAUUCUUUUUUAGAGCGAGAAUGUGAUAGUUACUUGUAUCUAUCACGUCUAUAUGUAAUCUGCAGGCCUUCAUGUCUUUUUAUAUAAUGAUUCUAGACUAUUAUUUUA